AUGACAUUACGUUAUUUUAUAGUUUGGCCACAGGGUACGUACGGUCUACCUAAGCCAGUGUCAGGAUGUCCUGCCAACUGGCAAGAUGGAUGGAUAAAACAGGACUUAGAAAACUCAAACCCAAGAAGCGAGUUUUCUGUUGAUCUGAACUUACAUAUGGAAGCAACUUUAACAGGAGGUGAUAUAAGAAGAAGUUUUUGCAUUAAAACGUCCACUGACACUACAAAAUCAUGGCCUGCAGGUAAAUUGAUACAAUGUACAAUUAUGAGUUUGAUUUUUCCUAAACUAUAUUAGUAGGGUUUAAUUUAAAAUACAUCAUCUAAAACACUGCUUUCUGCACCUGUAUUUUUUAAUUAUUUUGCAUACUGUCCAUUGUCUAUGCAUUGCAGUAUAAUGCAGCAAUAUUAUCCAUUGCAGAAUAUUAUCCAUUGUGAAAGGCGUUCGGUAUCACUUGAUUUGAUACAUGCAUAACACUUAUCUUUUCCAUUGUUAUUGGAACAACUUUUUGACAAGGUUGAGAACUGCGCAAUCAAUAGACAGGAUAGUUCUCUAUGCUUUUGUUUUUUAAUGAACAAUUAUUGUUGGUUUGUAAUGCAAUAUUAAGUAAUAUAUAAAUCACAUAUUAACUUAUUUUCCCGAUUUUUCUGGAGGAUUGUAAUAACUUGAAUAAGUCAGCACAUUUUGUGAUAAAUUUGCCAAAUAUCAGUACUAGUAUAUAGCUAAGGUGACCUGCUUUCCGGAAGGGUGUAUUGCCCCCCUUGCCCUACAGUCCCGUGCACCUAUGGUGAAGCAUGAGUAGUCGAUCUGAAUCCAUCUUACAAGGCGAGCAGUAGUAAAUCUGAUACAGAUCGGAUGCGAGUGCUUUACACGUAAAAUACAAACGCAUCUGAUAAAUUAAUAUUUAAAUAUAAUCUCUUUUGAAUUUUCUUAAUGAAUUAUUAUUGAUGAAUAUUUAUAUACCAUGAUCUCCCUGAUAAGCGCCUCUCUCCCCCCGCGUGGCUUAUUUUCCCACCAAUUUUUUAAUUAAUGGGAGCAUUAUUUUGUUUAUAAAGACAAAUUGGUGUAUAAAUAUUGGUGGCUUAAUAGAUGGGUGCUUAGUAGGGAGGAGACCUUAAUAAAUUUGUUAAUUUAAUAUAAUUAGAGAGGGGGCUUAUUUGAAAAGGGGGGCUUAAUAUAGAUUACGGUUACAAUUUUACAGCGGUAAUGUUAAACCUUACAUAUAGUGUUGCAAUAUCACGUGACGUUCCUAACUUACAAUACUUUCAACCAACUGUUCUAUUUUUAUGCAAUAUACAUUUUACUAAUCCCUGAAUUCAAACAAGGAUUGAAGGACCGCACCUACAUCUAUAAGCCCAAAGAUUGAGGUGUACAUUCAAACAUUAAUGUUCUAGACGCAGAUCUAGACGCAUGUUCCGGCCUGAAAAUGCGGAAAAUAGCUUUUCAGGGUACUAGAAAUAAAGUAUACAACACAAUAUUGUCCUGGAAUGCUGAAAAGGUGAAAUGAGAAAUUCUGGACGCACCAAUUUGGCACCCUCAUAUGAAUGUAUAGCAUACAAACUAUACUUUUUAUUACUUACUCUUCUUUUCCUAUCACUUUCUUGUGAAUGUGAAUUUUUUACAUGUAUUCGAUCUAACCAGAAGCAGUUGCAAAAAAUGCAACGUUACUAUUGGUCCUCUGGCAGGAAUCGAACCUGCGGCCCUGUGAUUCCAGGGCAGAGCUCUCACCAACUGAGCUGCAGAGGACAGUUGUUGGCUCUACAGCACGUUCAUGUAUAUUUAUACUAAGGUGAUGCCAAUGUAAGGUGUAUGGGUAGAUAUCAUGAUUUCGACAGGUAUUGUAAAUGGAAAUUUCGAGUGUGAAUUUUAUACAUUUAUUCAGACCUAACCAUGUGGAGUAGUUGGUAAGCCCUCGGGCAGGUGUAUAAAAUCCACACUCGGAUAACUGUAAUAUUCUAUCUGUUUUCUUAGGGUCGUACUGUAUCUAUAAAAAGAACCAAUGCCCCUCUGGUAUGAAUAGUGGCUCUAUAAAAUGGGAUAAUGAAGAUGACACAAAGCGGAACAGUAAAGGUGGUACCCUACCUGAUGGCACUUUUG